AUGAGCGAUAAAAUUCCUUCAUGGAAUUUGGUCCACAGGCUGGAGAAGCGCUCGCUUCUCAUCGGCAUUAACUGCGUCGCUGCGCUCUCAAUUCUGUUCUUUGGUUACGAUCAAGGAAUGAUGUCCGGUGUCAACAAUGCGAAAGACUAUAUCGAUCUCAUGGGUUUUGGGUACACUAAAAUGGUGGACGGUGAACCCACCCCCGUGGUCACAAAUUCUUUGCUACAAGGAGGAAUCGUGUCGGUAUACUACCUCGGAACCCUUGUCGGUGGUCUUUUCGGAGGAUGGCUUGGAGAUCGCACGGGACGAAUCAGGACCAUUGGCGUGGGCGCUAUAUGGGCUAUCGUAGGCGCAGCGCUGCAGUGCUCGGCCAUGAACCACAAUUGGAUGAUCUGCGCGCGCAUGGUUAACGGGAUCGGAACCGGCAUUUUGAACGCCAUUGUUCCUGUCUGGGCCACUGAGACAGCCGAGCACACUUCGCGUGGACAAUUCAUUGCCAUUGAGUUCACACUGAACAUUUUCGGUGUUGUCUUGGCCUAUUGGCUCGAGUUUGGUUUGUCUUUCAUUGAUAAUGGAGAAUCUGCUUUCCGUUGGAGAUUCCCCAUCGCUUUCCAGAUCGUCUUCUUGAUCGUUCUCUUUGGGUCAGUCUGGUUCUUCCCUGAAUCACCUCGAUGGCUCGUCAAAGUUGGCCGCGAGGAAGAGGCCCGGUACAUCCUGCAGCGUUUGCGCGGAUCUAGUGGAGAGGAUCUCAUCCGUGCCGAGGCUGAGUUCCAGGACAUCUUGAGCAUCGCUGAGAUGGAAAAGACCGUCGAUCAUGCAGACUCUUAUUGGUCGAUGCUUAUUGGUUAUAAGUCUGGAGAUCUCCAUAUCGGUCGCCGAGUGCAGCUGGUCGUUUGGCUGCAGAUCAUGCAGGAAUGGGUUGGUAUUGCGGGUGUUACGGUCUAUGCACCCACUAUUUUCAGCAUUGCUGGAUUUGAUUCGACAAAGAGCCAGUGGAUUAGCGGAUUGAACAAUGUGUUCUAUAUGUUUGCCACACUGGUUUGCGUCUUCACCAUCGACCGUCUGGGUCGACGAUGGACUUUGUACUGGGGCUCGGUUGUCCAGGGAAUCGCUAUGUUCCUCGCGGGUGGUUUCUCCCGGCUCGCCAUUGAUGCCAAGGCUGUUGGCGACAUGGGUAAAGCAUCGUCAUACGGUGCUGCAGCAGCAUCAAUGAUUUUUAUCUUCACAUCGACUUUCGGAGCCACGUGGCUGACCGUGCCAUGGGUAUACCCUGCUGAGAUCUUCCCUCUGGCUGUCCGCGCCCGAGGAAACGCUUUCGGUGUGGUUGGUUGGAGUAUUGGCAAUGGAUGGCUGACCCUCUUGUGCCCCGUGAUGUUCAGCGCCAUCAACGAGAAGACUCUAUAUGUCUUCGCUGCCAGCAAUGUGAUUACCAUUCCCAUGGUCUGGGCGCUCUACCCAGAGAGCAACCAGCGCACACUUGAGGAUAUGGAUCUUCUAUUCGCAGCUAAGACUCCUUGGGUUUGGGACGCCGAAAAGACCUUUGCGCGUCUGAAGGCUGAGAAUCCCGGCAUGGUCCAGACUCUCAGCCGCAAGGGCAGCAUAGUGGACCCUGAAACUGGAAACCACAUUUCUAUUGGGGCAGCUGCAGCUAUUGCAGCCUCUAAAGCAGGCGAUGAUGCGACAGGAGCGGAGCAUGUUGAUCGCGUCUAG